CCCCUUUAUUUUCCAGAAUCCUUCGAAUGUUACGAUAGCUGCCUCCAUUAUCGAUCGACGUGCCUACGAAACGAGACGUGUAAUCAUCAUCUGAAACGGUUUCAGACAACUUGUGGUUAUGAAUUGAAUGUAUGCUCCGGAACAUCGCCAUCCGACUGUGUCUAUCAUUUGCACCGGAUACGGGACACUUUUCCUACAAAGACCUGCACAUGUUAUGAAGCUAUUGGAUUCUCCGAAGAAUGUGAUUUUUUUCGCCAAAUCAUCUGGAACCACCCUUGUGAACGUAAAUUGAAAGACGUCGGAGAGGAGAUCAAAAUUUCGCAUCGAAAACUCAUGCAAAUCAAACCGAAACCUGCUGAAAUUUUGUCUGAAAAUGUGCCGAAACCAGUUUUCGGUGGCGGUGAAAAACGACGAACAACAAGGACGCCCGUAGCUGAUCAGAUACAUCAGUGGAAGCGGCAGCUGAGUGGUGACUGCAAAAAAGCGACAAUUCUUCAAAAAACGUGUGAUGCAGCUUUAUACCAAGUGUGCCUAAAACAUGUCUCCUGUGCUCAAUUAUGGUCCAUGUUUCGAAAAAACUGCGAUGUGGACCAGGAUAAUCAGUGUCGAAUGGUGGAUCGAGAAGUGUGUUGGCAGAGUUUCGAAGGUCUAACAUGGUCCGGUUUGGGCGAUUGCCAGUGUACCUCGUCAAACUCUUCGGAUUGCCAUUGGAUUCGGUUGCAUACCAAUUAUAAUAAAUGUAUAUACGAAAUCUCAAAAUCCGGUCGAUUCCCAGUGCUCCAGACGCUGGCUCAGCGGACGCGUGAAGAUCGGGAGAAUGAGCAACGAAUGAUGAGUGAGCAAUAUCAGCGAAGAUAUGAGAAUCGACAACAGAAUGUGCCUACGACGACUAGCACAACCACAACAACUACCACAACUACACCUCGACCUACAACCACAACUACAACUACAACAACUACAAUACCCCCUCCAACACGCUCACCUCCUCCGCCUCGAGCUCCGCCCGCAACUACAGUACCUCCAUGGUGGUCGCAACCUGCGACACAAUUGCCACGUCAUCGAGACACAUCAUAUAGACAGAAUAACUUCCGGCUGAAGGCUGUUAUCGAUCCGCCAACGACGACGAUGGGAUACGCGUGGCAAGAAUAUCAAGGACCCAAAAAAGAAACGCCUGAAAUGUUCAAACCCAAAAGGACCAGUGCUAGUGAUUUUUUGUGGUCCCAAAAAGUAUUUCAAAAAAAAAUUUUUUCGAAAAAAAUUUUUUUUUUGAAAAAAAGAAACAAAAGAGCGAAUCCUCCGAGUUUUCCUAACUUAAAUUUUUCAACACAAAUUGAUUUUAUAAUUUCCAAAAAGUGCAAAAAUUCAAAUUUUCCAGGAUCCUCGUGCCCCGAUGCCAUCCGUCGCUGCGAAUCCGUCGAUGAGUGUCGCUGGCAUCUUGGAGAGCUUCGGGUCCGUUGCUCAGCCACUGCCACGUGUAAACGAGAGGAGUGUGCGGCGAGUCUUCAACGAUUCUCAAUGUAUGUUCCAUUCGCGUUGGUGGAGAGUAUCAUGUUUUGUCAUUGUGCGCCAGAGGAUGAGAAUUGUUUGAUGCAGCAGAUUCUAAAGAGCCAAAAAAAAUCCCCCCAAAAAAUUGAAAAACUACUUUUAAUUGUGAAAAACAAAAAUAGUAUCAAAAUAACUGAAAACUUCCUCCUAAUUUUUGAUGAAUUCCAGGAAAUGAUCUACCCAAAGUGCCUCUACAAAUCGUCUGGCUUCAUGCAAACGUGCACUCAAUCCGUCCAAAAGUGCGACCAAGACACUCGCUGCAAACAUAUAAGACACGCCCUGCAAGCGCACUGCCCGGUGAAGAAUGGAGAGUGCGCGAGAAGCUCGUUGGAUGAUUGUAGGAGGACUAUUUUGUCGGCGAGAGCGUCUAUCCUGGAACAACCAUGUUUUUGCAAACUAUCGGAUGUGCAAUGUCUGGCUCAUCAGAAUACAAUGAUCCCAACAAAUCCCUGCAUUGAGAAUGCCAUGAUUGAAUAUUCAAGAAUCAUGGGGUACAAUAAACCGGGUCUCGCCACGAAUCGAGUCACGAGUACUGUAGAUGAGGUUGAAGGGAGGAAUAAGGAUGAACAAGAGGAAGAUGAAGAGGAGGACGAACCGAUUAGAAGGACCGCUAGUACGGUAGAUAUCGAGCUUGAUUAUAAUGAGAUCAGUCACAUUCCAAUAACUACAGUAACAUUUGCCCCAGCAGUGGCUCCCAAGACCACCUACCGACCCUAUCAACAACAAAAUAAUAGGAAACGAAUGCGAACAACGACAACUACAACAACACGCGCACCAAUGACAACAUCCGCUCCUACAGUAAUCCGAACUACAAAAACUACGAAGACUACAACCACGACUACAACAACAACUACAAUGUCUCCUCCAAUGGUGACGUCAAAGAAAUCCAGUUUUUUGGAUUUAUUCGGAAUUUUUGGAAAAAAAGAAACUGCAAAUGUGGAUUUGGAGCAAAAAAUCAUAAAACCUGAGCAAUUGGAAAAUUCGGAAAAAGAACAAAUGAAUGAAGAAGAAAUGAUGAUCAAAAAAUCGCACGAUUCUCCGAAAAAAACGAAAUUCCGAACUACAGUAACCCCGCCGAUCACUUCGGAAGCUCCGCCCCCAUGGAUCUCAACAACACCUACGGUACCCACAACAACUACAGUAUUCACGACACAUGCUCCACCCCCAAUGGAAGGAUGUAAUACAAAAGAUGCGAAUGGAAGAGAGAUUUUCACUCAUAUUGGAGCGAUUAUGAGGAAAUACGUCGAUUGGUCGGGUCGUUGCUCCACAUGGUGUGAGUGUGAAUCAGAGGAUCAUUUGGCAUGUGCAGCAAUGCCAUGUCUAGACCAUGGGACAUGUGAUGCGCCGCUAACAACUAUUGAAUUUGGUGAACGAGUCUUCCUCAAAGACCGUGGCGCGUGCUACUGUGAAACUGGAAAUUUCGUGUGUGAAUUUGCGGAAGAGGCACCGGAAAUGUAUCCAGGACUCUAUAUGUCAAUUGGAUACUCUCAAAAAGAUGUGGAAUUGAUCAGAAAAACAGUUCCGCGGGAAAUUCUGGAUAAAGCUGGAUUUUCCUCCUCCGACGCUUCAACAGAUAUCGCCUCUCGAAUGCAAAUCGCUUUUGAGCGAAUUUUACCUAAGAAUCUACAAUGUCGAAUAGUAACAAUGAAUGAGCUCUCGGAGCCGGGAAACGCGCUCUACCGUAUCGAGUGGUACGGUAGAAAUGAGAUGUUCAAUCAUACAAGGACCAAGUGGCACUCGGAUGGGGCGGAGAAGAUCUGCUCACCGUACGUACGAAAAUUGGCCGAUCACUUUUCGCUCAACGAAUCACCACGUUUUCAGUUGGUACUGUCAACUGUAAAACAAGUCAAAGUUCUCGACUAUUUGGAUGGGUUGCCACAGUCUGGUGCUGCUGGCGGACAAAAAUUAUAUUUCGCGGGUUUUUUCAAAUUUCAUCACAUUUUUCUCAUCAUCAUGCUCAGUUUCUUAGCGUUUUAG